AUGCACUUUUUUCUUUUUCUCUGUCGCCUUCUCUUCUUCUUCUUAUUUUUCCUUUUCUUCUUCACCGCCUAUUCUUCUUCUUUUUCUUCUUCUUCUUCUUCUUCUUCUUCUUAUUAUUAUUAUUAUUCCUUUUCUUCUUCACCGCCUAUUCUUCUUUUUCUUCUUCUUUUUCUUCUUCUUCUUCUUCUCUUAUUAUUAUUAUUAUUAUUUUUCCUUUUCUUCUUCACCGCCUAUUCUUCUUCUUUUUCUUCUUCUUCUUCUUCUUCUUCUUCUUAUUAUUAUUAUUAUUCCUUUUCUUCUUCACCGCCUAUUCUUCUUCUUUUUCUUCUUCUUCUUCUUCUUCAUCAUCAUCAUCAUCAUCUUUUCUUCCCAUCUUUUCAUGCUCUUUCUUUCUUCUUCUUCUUCAUCUUCUUCUCCUUUUGUGCUCUGUCCCUUCAGGGUGUAGGUAAUCAUGUAUUUCCACAACUUCCUCUCCUUUCUAACUCUUAG